AUGUCUUCGGUCUUCUUCCGCUCGCUGUCCUCGCAGAAGACUGUGACUUACGGCUUGAAUGCGUCUCGUAGACAGACGGAGGUACUGAGAUAUACGCAUAGACACUUUACAACCAUCCUUUCGCCUCACCCCGCUCGUCUGCGACCGCGUUAUGCCUCAUCUGCUGCUGCAUUCCGGCAUGCCAAUGCUCGCGCGCUCUCAUACACUGCCAUCCCCAAAUUUGUUCUCCGGGCAUUCAGGGUGCCCAUCGCAGGUGCCACAGUAGGCGCCGGGGGCUUUACAUACGCCAAUUACAAGUAUGAAGAAUUCAGGAAGAAGUCAGAAGGAUGGAUUAACUCCGUCAAGGAUACCGCCACCGACGCUUUCGACACGGCAUCAGACGGACUCAGGGCGGUGUCGGAUCGUGUGUCCGAAGUCAAACUGCCCAAGUUCGAGACACCUCAAUUUAUUAAAGAUUUAUUCGCGUCGAAAGGAGAGCAUGACCACCAAGAGGGAUCGCAUCAUAAGGGAGGAGAGUCCUCACAUGGCGGGCGACCAGAUGGCGAAGACGCUGCAAUCGCAGCGCUCGUGGCGGCGACGAUGUCCUCGCCGUCGGAUUCUACGGUCACGAUCGAGGACACGGACGACUUCGUUUCAGACUCGCGGCAGAACGGGCUCAUGCAUCUGACCAAAAAGUUGAUUGAAAUCCGGAGCAUGCUGCUGAGCAUUGACCAGAGCGACGCGCUCAAGCUGCCGAGCAUCGUGGUUAUUGGCAGCCAAAGUUCAGGCAAGAGCUCGGUAUUGGAGGCUAUAGUUGGGCACGAGUUCCUCCCGAAGGGGAAUAAUAUGGUCACCCGCCGUCCUAUCGAGUUGACACUCAUCCACACCCCUGCAACAAACGGUUCCCAGGCAGUGGAAUACGGUGAAUUCCCUGCGCUCGGACUCGGCAAAGUCACAGACUUCGCACAGAUUCAAAAGACCCUGACUGACCUCAACCUCGCUGUCCCCUCUUCUGAGGCAGUCUCGAACGAGCCGAUAGACCUCCGCAUAUACAGCCCGUACGUCCCAGACUUGACCCUUAUCGACCUCCCCGGAUACGUGCAGAUCGCGUCCCUGGACCAGCCCGAGUCUUUGAAAGAGAAGAUCGCAUCGCUCUGUGAAAGAUAUAUCCGCGAGCCGAACAUAAUCCUCGCGGUUUGUGCCGCCGAUGUCGAUCUCGCCAACUCGCCCGCUCUCCGCGCGAGCCGGAAGGUUGACCCACUGGGUCUGCGCACCAUUGGCGUCGUGACAAAAAUGGACCUCGUCCCUGCGGAUCAAGGUGCAGUCAUCCUGUCCGGCAACAGGUACCCUCUGCAUCUGGGCUAUGUUGGCGUGGUGUGCAAGCCGUCAGGCAAGAAGGGUCGCCGUGAGACAACGAACGCAGUUACCCGCCGCGGGGACGACUUUUUCCGCGCCCACAAGGAACAGUUCUACGGUUCCUCGUCUCUCAUGGUGGGUACCGACACUCUCCGAAAACGCCUCAUGGACGUUCUCGAGUCCUCGAUGGCCUCCUCUUUGCACGGCAUCACGAAUGCAGUGCAGUUGGAGCUCGAGGAGGCACAGUACCAGUUCAAGGUCCAGUAUAACGACCGCCGCAUCUCACCCGAGUCGUACGUUGCGGAGACGGUCGAUGCGCUCAAGGCGCGGUUCAAGGAAUUUACGCUGCAGUUCCGCAAGCCCGCCGUGCGCGCGAAGCUGAAGGGCAUGUUGGACGAUCGCGUGAUGGACGUGCUGGAACAGCUGUACUGGAACGACAAGCGUGUCGGCGAGUUCACGGUCCUGGGCGCGGACACAAAGGUCAAGCCCGAGAACGUGGAGCCAUACUGGAGAUACAAGCUCGAAGCGGCCUCGUCACUGCUGACCAAGUCGGGUGUCGGGCGCGACGCGACGCUACUGGUGGCUGACGGUCUGCGGGCGCUAAUCGACAGCAUUGCAGCGGGCGAGCCGUUCACGUACCAUCCGCAAGCGGCAGAGCGACUAGUGCAGUUCGCGCACAUGAUUCUGCGAGAUCGGAUACCGCUCACGGCGGACCAAGUAGAGAACUGCAUCAAACCGUACAAAUACGAGGUGGAGGUGGACCAGCGUGAGUGGGAGAACGGACGGAAGGAUGCGGUAGACCUGUUCGAACGGGAGGUGGGGAUGUGCGAGGGGAAGCUCAAGGAGCUACGAAAGAAGGUCGGCGGGAGCAGGCGCCUGAACAACCUGAUGACGUAUGUGCGGGACCUGCAAGAGAAGGACAAGGAGAGGAAAAAGAAGCGCCUCAUAAUGGCUGCGGCAGGCGACGAAGAGGACAUUUCGCCCGUCGAGGAAGAAUCCUACAAAUACCCUCCAGGCCAGAUCCUCGAUGCUCGGCACGCGACCCUGUACACUGAUCGCCUGAGCAUCCUCAAACUCCGCCUCGCCGCCCUCAAAUCCAAACGGUGUCGUGCAGGCCCAGAGACUGACCUCCUCUGCCCAGAAGCCUUCUUGAACGUUGUCGCCGACAAGCUGGCGUACACGUCAUCAAUGUUCAUUAACAUCGAACUACUCGACCAGUUCUUCUAUCAGUUCCCUCGGGAGGUCGACUCGAGACUGCUCUACAAUCUCGACCGGAAAGAGAUCGUAGAUUUUGCGCGAGAAAACCCUGUGGUGCGGAAACAUCUGGACUUGCAGGAGCGAAAGGACAAGCUCGAGGAGGUCAUGAAACAGCUGAACAGCUUAUCAACACUUCGCACUGACGCGCAGCCCACCCCUCGUCGUCCACGAGGACUGUUUGGUGGCAUGUUCUGAUUGUUUUUGUUUUCGACUUUUUUGACUUUCUCACACUUGGGUGGAUUUUCUUACACGUUGUACAUGUUCUUAUAUUCGGUGUUGUCGUUAAUGUUACCCCACCUCUAAGCUUGGCGGAUCGUAGGGACUACGGAUGAUCAGGACAAAGGUAUACUUUUACGGCAUAAUACAAAUAGAAAUGCUGGUGUAGACCGU